AUGGCGAACAACAUCCGAGCCAACCUAGGACAGCCUCCUCUUGGACAUCCGGCGCCACCUCAACCCCCACCAGCCGUGGGGCCUCCGCCGGCGGCUCCAGCAGUGCACGGCGCACCAGCCCAGGCAGCCGGCAUGAUGGGCGAUGAUGACUUGGUUUGGGUGGCCAUAGAGGAGGCUGGAGGACGAAAGAAGGGAGACGUGAUUUGCGCAGAUGGGGCUCAGCUGCCAGCAGGCACGGUCGUGCUUGAUGACAGGGCUGUGGGCGUCAGGAGGCGAGAGUUCAGUGAGGCAGUCGCGUCCAUGGUGGAUGGAGUUCCAAUGGGUGGUGGCCUGCAGUUGGAUGGCCCAACAACUUCAUUGAACCUGAUGAAGAACAUGCGGGAUCAAAACAUGACACCCACGACCUAUCAUGAGUAUUGGCUGCGCACUGCCGACAUCCCGAAGGGAGACAGGAGCACCUAUGAGCACGAGUGUUUGAGCCGAAUUCUGGAGUCAUUGAUAACAGUAGACCAGCUAAAUAUUUGUGCAUUGCAAGGUGCUGAACUGAUCUGCCGACGAUUACAGGUGAUCCGCGAAGCUCGCCGCAUAUCGCCGAGCUCACCGGACUAUUCGUCUGCUGAUCACUUCAUGGGCUGGAAGUGGCGCCGCGCUGCACAGGGUGUGGACAUGCAGCUUGCCGCGCAUGUGGCGCAGGCCCUGAAGGACGAGGCAGCCAUAGCCAAGGAAGCACGAAAAGCAAGAGAGGAGCAAUCUAUGCGCCGCAAGCACCCCAACAAGACAGGUGGGGGUGGAGGCGGCGGGGAUCAGAAAUGA